AGUCACUCGCAUCUCCUUCUUUUUAAUGAAGGAAUUAGGAUUUAGUGCUCGUAACCCUGGCGUUUGAAGAAACUAACACGAGAACUGCAUUUACUAAUGAGUAACGUCAUCUUACCCUGCCCCUCGGCUUAUGUAACGUCAGUUAAGUUUUUUUUAGGAUAGCUUGUUUGCCGACAAUAUUUAUUCAUUAUAUUUGUUAGUUUUUGCCAGCGCAGUGUCAUAUAAGAACUGAAAUUAAUUAGCCAUUGCUGGAGAUUCAAGAAUCGCGCCAUUAUUAACUUGGCCCAUGUUGUCUGUCGUCCCUGACAAUAGCUAGUCGGUUUCGAAAGGCAAGGUUAAAUAUAAACUACAGGGGCUACUAAAGAUUCGCUCACGCAGCCAAGGGCAAGGACCAAGAUGCUUUGAAACUUCGCAUAAUCACUACAUCUUGUGCAAUGUCUUUGGUUUUCUCCCGACCCAACACAAACGCAAUAGGCAAAAAGGACAAGAGACUCAUGGCAGAGGUGAACGCGUCUCCGCUCAAACACUUUGUCACUGCUAAAAAGAAGAUCAACGGCAUCUUUGAGCAGCUAGGAGCCUACAUCAAAGAGAGCUCUGCCUUUCUGGAUGAGACGUAUAAAAAUGAGGACCUUGACCCAGUCACGACUGAGGAGCAGGUUACCGAUGUACGGGGUUACCUGUCCAAGGUAACAGGGAUUGGGGAAGUGCUGGCACGAAGACACAUGAAAGUGGCUUUCUUUGGCAGGACUAGCAAUGGGAAAAGCUCUGUGAUCAAUGCCAUGCUGUGGGAUAAAGUCUUGCCCUCUGGCAUUGGACACACCACCAACUGUUUCCUGCGUGUGGAGGGCACAGACGGUAAUGAGGCCUUUCUUCUCACAGAAGGCUCAGAGGAACGGAAGAGUGUCAAAACGGUGAACCAGCUGGCUCAUGCUCUCCAUCAGGAUGAGGACCUGGACGCCGGCAGUCUGGUUUGUGUCAUGUGGCCCAAAGCCAAAUGUGCAUUACUGCGGGAUGACCUGGUGCUGAUGGACAGCCCUGGCAUUGAUGUGACUACUGAGCUUGACAGCUGGAUCGACAAGUUCUGUCUGGACGCUGAUGUUUUUGUGCUUGUUGCCAAUUCAGAGUCUACUCUGAUGCAGACUGAGAAAUCAUUUUUUCACAAAGUUAAUGAACGCCUCUCCAGUCCCAAUAUCUUUAUCCUGAAUAACCGAUGGGAUGCCUCGGCCAACGAGCCAGAAUACAUGGAGGAGGUCAGACGACAGCACAUGGACCGCUGCACCAGUUUCCUUGUGGACGAGCUGGGCGUGGUCGAUCGAGCCCAAGCUGGUGACCGAAUUUUCUUCGUCUCAGCUAAAGAGGUCCUUCAGGCACGUGUGCAGAAAGCCCAAGGCAUGCCUGAAGCAGGUGGUGCUCUGGCUGAAGGCUUCCAAGCAAGAAUGUUUGAGUUCCAGAACUUCGAGAGGCGCUUUGAGGAGUGUAUCUCCCAGUCGGCAGUGAAGACCAAGUUUGAGCAGCAUACUGUGAGGGCCAAGCAGAUCACAGAGGCCCUGCGGCAGAUCAUGGAGUCAGUUCACAUUGCAGCGCAGGAGCAGAGGCUGCAUUGCCUGGAGAUGAAGGAGGAGAGAGAGGAUCGGAUGGAGUUUAUUGAGAAGCAGUUGGACCUGCUCACCCAGGACUGUAAAAGCAAGAUCAAAAAGAUCACAGAGGAAGUGGAGAGACAGGUGUCGAACGCCAUGGCAGAGGAGAUCAGGCGACUGCACGUGCUGGUGGAGGAAUUUCAUUUGGACUUCCACCCCUCACCCGUGGUUCUGAAAGUAUAUAAAAACGAGCUGCAUCGUCACAUUGAGGAGGGCCUGGGCAGGAACAUGUCUGAGAGAUGCUCUAGUGCUAUUACCACAGCCUUACACAACACACAGUCUGAAAUGAUCGAGGGUCUGAAGCCCCUCCUACCAUCUGUACUGCGGGAGCAGGUAGAUAAAAUGGUGCCCAGGCAGUGCUUUAACCUCAGCUACGACCUGAACUGUGACAAACUCUGCAGCGACUUCCAGGAGGACAUCAGCUUCCACUUCUCCCUGGGCUGGACUAUGCUGGUUAACCGCUUCCUGGGCCCGAAGAACACACGCCGCGCCCUCAUGGGCUACAGCGACCAGGUUCCUCGCCCCAUGGCCAUCACGCCGGUCAGUACCAGCAUGCCCCCAUUCCCACAGGGCUCCAUGACGCAGGAAGAACUCAUGGUUUCCAUGGUGACGGGACUGGCCUCCCUCACCUCUCGAACUUCCAUGGGCAUCAUAGUUGUUGGAGGCGUGAUUUGGAAGGCAGUCGGUUGGAGACUCAUUGCUCUGUCAGUGGGACUUUAUGGCCUGCUCUAUGUCUAUGAAAGACUGACCUGGACGACUAAGGCUAAAGAGAGAGCUUUCAAAAGGCAGUUUGUGGACUAUGCCAGUGAGAAACUACAGCUCAUUGUCAGUUACACAGGCUCCAACUGCAGUCACCAAGUUCAGCAGGAACUGGCCGGCACCUUUGCUCAACUGUGUCAGCAAGUGGAUGUGACGCGUCAAAACCUAGAGGAUGAAAUCAAAGACAUGAACAGUAAGAUUGAGCAGCUGGAUGCUCUCCAGAGCAAAGCCAAACUCCUGAGGAAUAAAGCAGGCUGGUUGGACAGUGAGUUAAACAUGUUCACACAGCAGUACCUGCAGCAGAGUCGAUAGAGAGAGCAGAACCACACUACCCAGACUGUCUGAAACGCCACAUACAGGGCUCUGAUGUUUUCGCUGAAAUACAUGUAAUCUAGCAAUUAGGCAGACUUUAUGAGACAUCAGAUUAGACUUCAAACAUAUUCCCUCACAGAAACACACUGUUCCCAACAUCAUCGCGGCUUCCCGCGUGGAUUAAAGUGCCCUUACAGGUCAGUAUUUUGCCAUGGGCGUUUAAAAUGAGACCAAACAGAAUCCAUCAUAUCGCCCUCAAAUCAUAGUACCCUCAAAUCAGCUGCCGCUGAAAGUUAACUCUGCCCGUAAUGCUGUUUGCUCAUCAUUUUGAUGGAGAGCUGUGUGUGUUUUCCAGCCAUGCCUUCUCCAUCUGUGUCCCUCUUUUCCUUUUGCGUACUCUUAAUUACAGCGUACUCCUAUUAAUAGACUUCUCCUCGCUGCCCCCUCAGCUCCUCUGACAUCAGUAAUGUGCGAAGCAUCUAAAGCCAGGCUCUGGCCCUGUCAGGUAGGAGCUAUGUUUAGCUUUGCCUGCACUGGAGGUACAGAAGAAUCUUCCAGCAGAACCCUGGCAGGCUUGAUAAACCAGAGCACAUCGGCUACAGCCACCAGUUAAUUUAUUACUGAUUUCUAAAUGAAGAGCAGGACAUGGCUAUUACUCAUGAAAUGCUCUAUAAAGGACAAGUUCAGGAAAGUUUCAGUCUGAAAUUAGUCACAGAGUGUGGGGCACAACACCUCUGACAUCAGGGUUUGGUAAAAUCUGUACAAAUGUACAAAGACUCAAAAUCCAAUCCAGUGUCCAAUUUGUACUUGGCAUAGAGAUCAAAAUCUCUACUUUUUUUGUUUAGUUGCUUGCAGUCACUUUACUGGUGAGAAUGUGUUAAAAUGUGUAUUGUCUUUGUCCUGUCGUCCAUUCAUCCAACUGCAGAGAAAACCUGACACAUAGGGACUUAGAUGACUCACUCUGUUUGACUCUUAGAGUUGUCUGUCAGUAUAGUUCAUUAACUUUCACUUACACUGAUCAUUUCUUAAAUACCAAAUCAAGCUGAAGUAUGCAUCUAGAGUGAGUUGUAUGUGUGAUAGAUUUUGGAAAGUGUGACUGGAGCAAAAUGUGUCAUGUGGGAGAAAUGCAGUGGGCUGAAGGGUAGUUUUGUAAAUGAGUGAUGAGGCAGACGACAGUUUUCAUCUGUUUGUUGUUUAGUUUUGAAACAGGUUCAGUAGACAGAGCAGUACCAGGAGUUUACAGACUUGGCUUUCGGGAGGAUGUGCCCUUGGCAUCCUUCAUCUGUGUGUAUAUGGCUCAGAUCACUGGGAAAAGCCCCAGUGCUCACCCGGGCAGGCAGCUGCAGGGUUUUUAUUUGAGAUGUUAACUUUUUGGCACAUUAGGUAAUUAUGGUGGAACUGUUCUCAAUGAUUUGAGAUUACUCAUGUGCUGAGUGACUGUGGUAAUGUUAGCAGGAGAUGUAGGAGCUGUGUAUGAGUGGUGAUUGUAGUGAGGCUGAGAUGAGGUCUAAGUCUGAGAUAAGAGAACUUAGAGCAUUAGGGUCACUCUUGUUACAGUAGUACUGAGCCUUGGGCUGUGGAAAUAACCAGGCCAAAUUGGACAAAAACCCUUCAAUCUUCUGUCAGCACUUCAGAUAACAGUUUGGAGUCUACACCAGUUAGGCCCACACAUCUGUGGAACACUACAUACACACUCAUGGGUCUGAGCGAGCCAACCAUCAAUCUGUCCUUUUUCCCCCCUUGAAUAUUCCUACAAAAUCCCACAGAAUAGUGUAUAUUUCCACAGAUUAUCAUGUGGCAUUCCAAGCCAUAGUAGCGCCCUAGAUUACCAUAGACAUGUUUUAUGAAGGCUGAUGCAAAUGUUUCUAACCUUUAUGAUAGGUUUUUUUUUUAAACAUUCAUGGGGGUUAUGAAAUCUGAUUAUAGGCAGUUUUUGUUAGCCCCCUUUAUAUAAAAUGUUGCCCAUAAAACACAGUGGAACAUAUGUUUGAAAACAUGUUCUCAGUUGGUUUAAAGCCAGGCAGAUAUGCUUUAUUGUAGAGUCUUUAAAGAACACAAAAUGCCUCACUGACCUUUAUCUCAUUUGACCCUGGCUGUGUGGACAGGUUUAAAGGGAGGCCUUUUAAGAUGUACAGAUGGAAAAAGACGAGAGAAACGUGUGCACUGAUUAGAUCAGCUGCGGUGUCAGUAGCCAUUGUCUGUGAAGCGAUGAGAUGUAUGUAUGUAUGUAUGUAUGUAUGUAUGUUAUCUACUGAUUGAUCUGCAGUGCUGUGUUAUGUCAGUUUCAUAGUAAAGACUUUCCGCACUCAUACAAGCAAAUGGAGUUCAUGUCAGAUUGGCAGAAAGUCACAUACUGUGAUCAAUGUAACUAUGUGAAAUGCAUAUUAUUCUCUGUCUGCAUUCAUCUUUAAUGUUCCACAUAUGUAAAGAGUAAUAUUUAUGGACUGUGGUUGGUGAAUUCUGAAGUGGUAAUGUGCACUUUAUUUUUUUUUUAUUAUUAUUUUUUGUAAAGUUUUGGCUUGUUUUGGGGCAAGUAAAGCACUAAUGAGAGAAAAGUGUGAUUAGCUACCAGAGGUUUCCCUGCAGUGUUGACCUGUGGACUGUGGGGGUUCCUGUAGACUGCAGUGUUGACCUGUGGACUGUGGGGGUUCCUGUAGACUGCAGUGUUGACCUGUGGACUGUGGGGGUUCCUGUAGACUGCAGUGUUGACCUGUGGACUGUGGGGGUUCCUGUAGACUGCAGUGUUGACCUGUGGACUGUGGGGGUUCCUGUAGACUGCAGUGUUGACCUACAGUGUGAACUGAUGUGCAUGCAGUAACUGCUAUAACAUG